AUGUCGUCCGCCGGCUCGAUGCUGCCCACCGCGGCACGCGGAAUCCUCUCAUCAUGCCGGAAUCCACUGCGGAACACCCCAAUCGCUCCCAUUCUCUCCCCUUUCCAGCAGGUCCGAGGUCUCAAGAACAAACCAAAGAAGGGGAAAGAGCAGCCUACCAAGAGCCGCAAAGGACCCCAGGAGUUCCGACAAAAGAAUUUGAAGGACAUGCCGCAGUAUUCUCUGUGUGAUGCUAUGCGAUAUAUCCGGGCCAUCGAAGUCGGUCGCGAACCCACCGUUCGAAAAUACGAACUGCACAUCCGACUGCGGACAAAGCGCGACGGUCCCGUCAUCCCCAAGGAAGCGCUUGCCGCCGGUGCCGUUCUUGUUGGUGAAGAUGAAGUCUUCGACGCUGUCAAGGCAGGCACUAUUGAGUUCGAUCGCUGCCUGGCCCACCCGGACAGUUUGCCGGCGUUGAACAAGGCCGCCCUGGGUCGUAUUCUCGGUCCUCGUGGUUUGAUGCCCAGUGCGAAGACCGGUACCGUUGUGGAAGAUGUGGCUUCGCGAGUACAGGAUCUCCGUGGUGGUACUGUCUACCGUGAGCGUGAUGCCGUUAUCCGUCUGCCCGUCGGACAAUUGGGCUUCUCUCCGGAGCAAUUGCGCGACAACAUGCGCGUGACCCUUGACCAGAUUAAGAAGGAUGCCUCCGCGCUGACCGACCGUGUCAACAAGGAGAUCUACGAGGUGGUACUGAGCUCAACGAACGGACCCGGGUUCUCACUCAACGGCGAGUUCCGCUCCGAUGCCUCACCCCCAACCUCCGCCUUGACUGGCGUGUAA